UAGCAUGACUAGAUGUUGACAGGAGCAGUCCUCUCUGCAAAGACACCAGCGUGUAGUUUUCUUUCCUUCUCGGACUCUUGACGUGUGGAGAAUGUCCGGGUUUCAGGAUCUGACAGUGUUUCCAUUAGACGUCCAGCAGCUGUCACUGAGUAAAGAAGAUUUUCCCCCUGAGCAGCAGGAGAGGAGCUCCAGUCUGGACCAAGAGGUCACUGAGCCCCUUCACAUUAAAGAGGAACAGGAGGACCUGUGGAGCAGUCAGGAGGGAGAGCAGCUUCAAGGACUGGAGGAGGCUGAUACCACCAAGUUCACCUUCACUCCUGUCUCUGUGAAGAGUGAAGAUGAAGAGAAACCUCUGUCCUCACAGCUUCAUGAAGGGCAAGCUAAAGAAAUGGAAACAGGGGCUGAUGAAGUGGACUGUGGAGGACCAGAACUAGCCAGGGGCUCAGAUCCAGAGAGACUUUUCCAACCAGAGACUGACGACGCUUCAGAACCUGAGACUGAUGACAGUGACGAUUGGAAAGAGACCAGAGACAAUCAUUCAAAUUUAAAGUCUUUGAAAAACUUUAACAAUAAGAGACCAAAGACUGAUAACAAAUCACAAAGUUGCUCUGAGUGUGGUAAAACAUUCAAAACUAAACGUGAACUGACAACACACAUGUUCGUUCACACAGGAGAGAAACCCUUCAGCUGCUAUGUGUGUGGUCAAAGAUUUAAACACAGGCGUAGACUCAAACUUCACAUCACACAUCACAGAGAGCAGAAACCCUCCAGCUGCAGUGUUUCUGACCAAAGAGUCUGCAGGCAGAAUCAGUUAGAAACGCAAAAGUGUAUUACAAAUCCGACUUUGGAGCUCCCUCAAAACAAAACAGAGCUGAAAACAGAGGCAGAAUCUAGAGCUGAUGGAAAUGGUCAUGGAGUACCAGACCUUGAAACAUUUAAACGCAAACAGAAGUUGGCCAUAAAAAAGGGGAUGCAAAUGAUAGGAAAGGCUUUUAGCUGCUCUGUUUGCAGUAAAGGAUUUAGCCAAAAGGGGAAUCUAACCUCACACAUGUUGGUUCACACAGGAGAGAAACCCUUCAGUUGCUCUUUGUGUGGGAAAAGAUUCAGCCAUAAAGGGAAUUUAACCAAACACAUGUUGGUUCACAGCGGAGAGAAACCCCUCAGCUGCUCUUUGUGCGGGAAAAGUUUUAGCCAUAAAGGGAAUCUAACCACACACAUGUUGGUUCACACAGGAGAGAAACCCUUCAGCUGCUCCUUGUGCGGGAAAAAAUUCAGCCAUAAAGGGAAUCUAACCACACACAUGUUGGUUCACACAGGAGAGAAACCCUUCAGCUGCUCCAUUUGUGGUAAAAGAUGUAGUCAUAAAGGGGGUCUUACUACACACAUGUCGGUUCACACGGGGGAAAAACCCUGCAGCUGCUCUGUUUGCGGUAAAGGAUUUAGCCAAAAAGUGAACUUAACUUCGCACAUGUUAGUUCACACAGGAGAGAAACCCUUCAGUUGCUCUAAGUGUGGGAAAAGAUUCAGCCAUAAAUGUAAUCUAACCGAGCACAUGUGGGUUCAUGCAAGAGAAAAAUCCUUCAGCUGCUCUGUUUGUGUUAAAAGAUUUAGCCAAAAAGGGCAUCUAACCGCACACAUGGUGGUUCACACAGGAGUGAUACCCUUCAGUUGCUCUGAGUGUGGUAAAAGAUGUAACCAUAAAGGGGAUCUAGCCAAACACAUGUUGGUUCACACCGGAGAGAAACCCUUCGGCUGCUCUUUGUGUGGGAAAAGAUUCAGCCUUAAAGGAAAUCUAACCAAACACAUGUUGGUUCACACUGGAGAGAAACCCUUUGGCUGCUCUGUUUGCAGUAAACAGUUUAGCUUAAAAGGACAUCUAACUGCACACAUGUUGGUUCACACCGGGGAGAAACCCUUCAGCUGCUCCGAGUGCGGUAAAAGAUUUAGCUUAAAAGGCCAUCUAACCAAACACAUGUGGGUUCACACAGGAGAGAAACCCUUUGGCUGCUCUGUUUGUGGUAAAAGAUUCAGCCAAAAAGGCCGUCUAACCAAACACGUCAGUUCACACCUGAGAGAAACCCUUUAGCUGCCCUGAUUCUGGUAAAAACUUUAAAAGGGAAAGAAGUCUUCAGAGCCACAUUGUGAGACUCAACUGCUUUCAAUGAGGUGAAAAUGUUCCCUGAUCUCCUCAGUUAAAAGAACACAAAUGUACUGAGUACAGGCACAAGAGCUUACGCAAAACCAAACGGAACAUAAAGAGAAACAGGAGCUGGGGACUGUGGAGGACAAGAACUAGCCGAGGACUCAUUUUCAGAGUCACACUUACAAUCUGGUACACACCGUGUUGGUUUUCACCACAACAACUGAGGAGUGGUUGUCUCACAAUAGGACUGUCAACGAAUAUUCUAAAUUCGAAUAUAUAUUAGAAUAUUUAAAAAACGGAG